CGGAAAGCAACGGUGGGGAGAGGCCUUCGGAAAAUUCACAAGAUCCUAUGUUUUUCCCUCAUAACUUCUAGGAAAAUGGGGUUUUUUUCAAUGAAAUUUUAUAUAAAUGCCUUUCAGACGGUAUAGAUUGCGAUUAUAAAGAAGUCCUCUCCCCACCCCUCGUUGCUUUCCUGGUAUUUUUGUUUUCAUAUUCGUUUCCUACACCUUUUUUUUUACACUAUUUUUUAAAAUUUUGUUUCAUGGUAAUAAUAUCAACAUUAACUAUUCGUUUAUUUUUUUUAUGUCUUGGGGUUUAUCAACAUAUCUGACAGUUAGGAUCAUUCCAUGUUUGCUGAAUUUAUUAUUUGCAUUGGAAAUGGGGUUGAAUAUCAUUUCCCGAGGACACCCAUGUAAAACUCUGAGUCUCUACUCACCAUCCACUUUUCAUUUUACAUGAAAGUGCAGGUAGGCUGUCAGACAUGGCCAUGGAUAGCACUACAAGUUUGAGGCUUAUUAUAAACAUUGUAUGAGUUCCAGUGUGUUCUAAGGCUAUGUGUUGACAAACAUAUACCCAUGUUAUUCACUGUGUGAAGGGAAAUACAUAUCAGGAUCACCGGCUAUUCACUGCAAUUGAAAAAAUUUGAGAGGAACAGUCUCAGCAGAGGGAAAUGUUGCACUCUAUAUUGCAGCUAAUUCAAAAUAUUCCAUCCUCAUCCUCCAUUUCGGAGACAAGGAAUCUCCCUGACACAAUUCAUUUCCCUUGUGAGAGUCAAGAGGAUGUUGAGGCUUUGGAAGCUGAAUUAAGUGAUGUUGCGGUUCAAAAUAACAUAGGGCUGUUUGCAAGACUAUGGAAAAUGCAACAGAAGCAGAGGUUGAGUUGGUGACUUGAGAAUGGCUUUGGACUGCUAGUGACAAAAAUGGUGGCCGAAGGAGGAGAGAAAAAAAAUUUGGACAAGUCUGCUUUUGACAAUGAAUCUGCUACAGAUCUCGAGUUUGCACAAAUUAAAAAUUAAGAUAACCCAUUUACGGGUUACCUCAAUUCUUUAAGGUAAUCCAUUUUAGCAACACACUGGUAACAAUAGGCUGAAUAGUUUUGCAUACAUGGUUUUGUCUUCCAUUCAAAUUACUCAUUCACCAAGUUAGUAAUACUCCUAUCUGUGGUUUCAAAUACAAUUUUAUUGAUAUCUCUCGCAUUUAAUGUAUUUUUCCUAUUUCUGCACACUCUGCCCAAUCUCAAAUUCAUAUUGGCCCAACAUCAAGGAAUAUGUCAGCCUGAUGUUGCGCCACGUUGCAAAAUGAAAUCAGGCCAAAAUCAAACCGACACAAUUUCUGAUGUAGGGCUGAUAUACGUGACAACAUCAGUUUGAUAUUGGCCCAAUAUGGUUUUGCUGGCUGGGACUUCAGGUUGUGGAACAGCAAGUAUGGCAUUUACCAAUGCAGCCUUCAGAGAUGCAAUUGUUGUUUUUGUUUCUUCCGGCAGUCCUGCUUUGUUGAUAUUCUCUCUGGCUCUUAUAAGUGAAAUGGUGAGUCUGAAGCACUUUGGUAUCCACUUUGUGCUGCAUUUUUGUACUCAAUACAAAAUAAGAUAUCUAUAUUUUUAUCUAUUAUCUACUAUUGCAGAAAGGAAUUACUGAUAGGAUAUUAUAAUUCAUAACAUCGGCCUAUUGUUUUUGCCUAUUGCACUAAAAGAUUAAUGAGAUUAAGCUGACCUUUUAGACUUUUUCAAGUUAUUCACAGGUCAAAUCAGAUACACCACCGCGGCACAUCUCUCUCUUCGAUUCUGUUAGGUGAUUCAGCUUCACCACGAUAAAUAAACAGACAAGAAUUUCAGCCAGCGACGAACAUCUGUAUAACAAGAAUCACGGCCCGGCAUCGAUGCGACAACAUCACAACUAGUGAUCAGCUCUGCCACAUACAGCCUCAACUCACUUCUUUCACAUACAGACUCAUACUAAUGGUACUAUAAGAACUGGUAUAAAUGCUCACGUGUUAUUGACUCUCUUUCUAUCUGCUGUAAUAACUCACGUACACAUACAUGUAUCACUCACAUCAAUACUUUUCUUUGUACGACGGCCUGUCUUUGAUUAUGUUCUUAUAUGUCGCAUUCACACUCUCACAUACACAUACAUCUUUAACACCAUAAUAAAUAUCUCUGUUAUUCAUCUAAUACGGUUGUGGUCUUUCAUUACUGGUCAGCUAUGUUAUCGUCGUAUAACAUUAUUUGUAUAUCAUCUUUGAUAUAUAUUUUUGUGUUCGACCGUGUGACGCGUUUAAAUAAAAGGAGUCCUCUGUUUUUACCAUUUGUCACCAUUUCUCCUUUUAUGAGUUCGCACGGUCGUUCUUACAACUUUAUCGUUACAUAUGUGUCUUUUUUGUAGCAAGGUAUCUGUGCCUGCCCCUGUUAUAUUUAAGCCUCCCGACAUCUGGCAUAAAGCCACCACCCUCUCUACUACAACCCUAUUCAGACAAACAGUUAUUUUUCAUCUUGUGACUUGCUUGGCGAUCUUGCUAAUUCAGUAAACAAUUUUUCAUAAGUUAGUCCUAACAAUUCUGUUAGAUUUUGACGUCAUGCCAUCCACCAUAACUGUUUAAUUCUUAUUGGUACAUUUUGGUUAUCUCACCCCACAUUGAAAUAUUGGGUUUUAUGAGAAAUAUCGGUACUUUUGGUUAUCUCUCUCAACUAAAGAAAUUGUUUAACCCUUAAUAAAAAAAAACAAAGUGAAACGAUUAAACCUCGUGUUGAAUCUAAUAAUAUUUUUAUAACAAAUCAUACAAAACUGAAAAGAUUAAUAAACAUGAAAACUGAAAAAAUUAAUAAACACGAAAACUGAAAUAAUUAAACAUCUUACUGAAUCUGAUAACAUUUUUAUAACAAAUCAUACCAUGCCUAUUGAGGAGGCCAAACGUCAACAACGUGUUUAAGUAUUGAAAAAAAAGAUCUAAAUCUUUUAAUCCAAUCUCGUCGACACAAACUAAAUUUUUUAGUGGGGAGAUAACCCAGUUUUUAAUGGCAAAUUUUUAAUGGGGGUGAGAUAACCAAAAAGUACCUUUUUGUUUUUGUUUAUUGUAAUUUUGUCGUAGAAAUAAAUGAAUUGCAAUUGAAGUGAAAAAAAAAUGUGGCCAGUCAGAUGUCUAUUCAAAAGAAACUAAUAUCUCGAUAUUACUUAUUAAAAAGAGAUAUAUUAACGGUUACACCGUUUUAGACUAAACAGUUGCUGUAUCCGGUGCGUACGUUAUCUGUUGUAAUGUCAACUGAUUAUCGAAAACUGACAAAAGGAGAACCUCAGAGUUACUCCAGUUGUCCAUUGUAUCAAGUAGACCAAGUUAAAGCUAAAUUAGUUGGUUUACAGUUGGCAGCAUGUGAUCCUUCCAUUAAUCAGAGCUGUUUCAUUGGUACAUCUUCAUCAGAAUCUGUUUUCCAAGAGCUUUAUACUGAAAUAUCUGAGUCAGAUGCAUCCAGUUUCAAAUCUGUUUUGACUGUGGCUAACAGCAGCACCAGUUGUAGCUUGUGCUCAUUAAAAUUCCAGAAUUUGCAAGAGCAGAAAGAACAUUUUCGAUCAGACUGGCAUUUGUAUAACUUGAGACAAAAGUUGAGAGGAAUGUCCCCGGUUUCUGAAGAAGUUUUUGAAAACAUUGUUGAUAAUCUUUCAAGUAGCAUUUCUGGUAGUGACUUAGAAUCUGAGAGUGAAGACAAUGGUUAUUUCCCUGUUGAAGACAUGUUACCAGAUGUAGGUCCCAUUGGGAAACCAUACUCAAACACAGUAACUACACAAGAGACACCAGAUGCUUCUCACUGUCAUCUUGCUAGUAAUAAAAGGAAUUAUCCAAAACUAUUCCUGAAAAAUAACAAAGGUGAACUUAUAUCAGUUUAUAAGUGUAUAUUAUAUCACAAGAAGAACCCUCCUUCAUCUAUAAAGUUAGUUCUGGAAUAUUUAUCUAAACUGCCUGGUGCCAUGUCAUGGGCUGUGUUUUUAGCAAGUGGUGGGCAUUUUGCUGCAACUAUUUUUGAAAAUGGCAAGGUAAUCAUGCACAAGACAUUUCAUCGUUACACUGUUCGAGCCAAACAGGGCAAAUCCCAAGGAUCCAGAGAUGGACGUGGUAAUGCCCCUCGCUCUGCAGGGGCAUCCCUCCGCCGGCACAAUGAGUCUGCAUUAAACCAGGAUGUCCAAGAGCUUUUGACCAGUUGGUCUGACUAUUUGAUGCGGUGUGAUCUGAUCUUCUUGAGAGCCCCUAGCUUUAACCAGCAAAUGUUCUUCAGUGGUAAAAAUUCUCCCCUCAGUCGAAAUGAUUUUCGUAUUCGAGGCAUACCAUUCCAUACUCGGCGCCCAACGCACAAUGAAACUUGCCGUGUUCAUGAGAUGCUAGCAUCAGUUGAAUGCUAUGGUAAUGAGAGUGAAAUGCAGGAAUUUAUUCCCCGAUCGCCUCCUCGGCAUUUUAGUACAAAUACUGGUCAACUAGAAAUCAUCACAGAUGUCUCUCAAUUAAGAAAUAAUGUGGGCAAAUUGAUCUUAUUUGAUAAGAAAAAGAAAAACUUAAAAUCAAAACUUGGCAAAAAGGCUAGUGAAGAUAAUGUUCAAGAAAAUACAUCUUCUGUCACUGUAGAUGACAGAUCAUGUUCUGAAACAGAAAAUGAUAGUGACAUUAAAUUGCAUUUUGUGACCGAAGAAACCAGUACAUGUUAUCUAAACCCUGAUGAGAUAAACUUUGGUCAACAGGCUGCUGUAAAAUCUAACAAAAUUUCUAUGGAUGCAAAACCUAAGCCAGCUACUAAAGGAUCGAAGGAAAAAAAUUACAUCCGAAACGAACUUUAUAGAGCAUGCAAAACCGGGAAUCUUCAUGAUGCCAAUAAGCUAAUUUCAUGGCUGGCUAAGCAUGCAUGUGUGCCUAACUCUAAAAAUAAAUCUGAAUCACAAAGGAUAUUGACUGAUGAAAUAGCAAAAGAUACAAAAGAUGUGAUUGAAUCUUCUGUCACUCCUGAAAAUGUUCUUGAUGGAAAAGUAUCAAAGAAUAGAACUAUUCCUCUUGAAAAUAGUUUCUCAGAAAUAGCAAACCCAUCAUGUGCUACUACCACAGACACUGUAGUUCAGAGUGAUAACAGUCCAAACAAUGAUGCUAUUGAUGAUUAUGUCAAAUCAUCUGACAAAGAAAAUAAAACUGGAAAUAUAAUUUGUGAUGCAUCUUUAAAUUUAGUGAUGGCUGAUGAUAUUAAGUUUCCAGACAUUUUGAAUGAACAAUGGGGCCGAGAUAAACAUACAUUACUGCAUGCUAUUGCGCAGAAUUGUCAACCAGAAAUCAUUUCUCCUCUCUUAGAAGCUGGUGCGAAUCCUGCCAUUUGCAACAGCAAAGGCAUACCUCCUUAUUGUAUAGCAGACAAAGAAACAAGAAAUGAGUUCCGUAGAUUCAUGGCCAAAUUUCCUGACAAAUAUGGUUAUCGUAAAGCUCAGAUUCCUAGUCCAUUGACCCCUGCACUAGAGGCUGAAAAGAAACAGAAAGAUUCAAUGAGAAAGAAAGUCAAACAGCAGCGUUUGAAAGAAAGAAGAUCUAUUGACAAGCAAAGAGAAGCUUCUAUUGAAGAGAGCAACUUGAAACAGCAACAACAGAAAUUGGAAGCGCUUCGUUUCAAAAAUCUCUCUGAACGAGAAAAAAGAGCUCUUGCAGCUGAACGCCGAAUCUUAGAUGCAAAAGAGUCUGAUGAAGAGAAACCUGUUUUUAGCCGGUGCUCACAAUGUCAAUGUAAUAUCAGUGGACUGGUCCCAUUUGAAUAUUACAAUUUCAGAUUCUGUACACCAAAAUGCCUUAAGGAUCACCGUUUAAAAUCAAAGACCAGCUGAUUGCAGCUUUAAUGGAGAGAAAAAAUUCUGCUUCAGGUUUUUGAGUCCAUAAAUGAUAACCGCUUAAAUCUUAGUUUUAAAAAAAUAGAUAAACUACUUCUGAACUGAAUAAAUCGUAAAUUUGGAACAAUUGAAAUAUGGUGAAAAUGUAUUAAAACUUGACAUUAGUGUUCUCAAGACCUAUGCAUCAUAUCUGAAAAUUGUUCAUCUUUUUUAUUUCAGAGUUAUAAAAUCCUUGACAGUUGUUCAUAAUUAAAAUUUUCUAUACAAACUA